AUGGGAGGAGAUUCAACCGAGAAGAAGAAGAAAGUUGAACGGUUGACCAUCUCAUUCGGAGAACACGAUUUGGAAGGAACGGUCCAACCUCAUGACGAUGCUUUGGUGGUGAUGGCCAGGAUAGGCGGGUUCUUGGUAAAGAGGGUGAUGAUCGACCAAGGGAGCGGGGCUGACGUCAUAUACCCGGACCUCUUCGAAUGGCUCGGAUUGAAGACCCAGGAUUUGGCGAAGUAUGACACGCCGCUGGUCUCAUUUGAUGGGAGAGUCGUAAUUCCCGAGGGACAAAUCUCUCUCCCCGUGGACAUGGAAGGCAAGGAAGUUAUAGUUACCUUCAUAGUAGUCCGAUCAUUCUCACCGUAUACCGCAAUCCUGGGGAGGCCGUGGAUUCACGCCAUGAAGGCUGUUCCAUCCACCCUCCACGUGAAAGUAAAAUUUCCCACUGAGUAUGGAGUUGCCAAGGUGAGGGGGAACCAACAAGUGGCGAGGCAGUGUCUUGUCGCCGCGGUCAGGUGGAAAAAUGAGCAGCUUGGACAAGCUGAACAGGCCGAGAAAGAAACUUCAUAG